GCCGCCGCCGCCGCCGUGACAGCGGCCCGAGUAAACAAGCCGCGCCGCCGCGGCCGGGCCGCUGCCCCCCGCCCGCGCCCGAGCCCAGGCCGAGCCUUGCCCUGGUCGCCGGCCGGGCCGAGGCCGCGCCGCCGCGCCUCCCCGCCUGCGCGCCGUGAAGACGCCGCCGCCGGGCGCGGGGACCGCCCGAGCCAGGCCCCCGCCGCCGGGCUCCGUGCUCGGCCGAGGGGUACCCGAGCAGCCGCGGCGCUCGUCCGGAAAAGUUUCCCCGCCCGGCUCCCCAGGAUUGGGCUCUUAUCCUGUCCUCCAGCCCUCCCCAUCUCGGCCCCAUGCCCCCCCCAGUCAGCUCCGGGACCCUGGCACUGAGCAGGCACGUGGCAGCCGAGGCCCUGUGACCAGGCCAGGGAGACAGGAGCUCUGGGGUCCCAGUCACCUGCCCCCCCAUGGAGCUGAGACCCUGGUUCCUAUGGGUGGUAGCAGCAGCAGGAGCCUUGGUCCUGCUAGCAGCUGAUGCUCGUGGCCAGAAGAUCUUCACCAACACUUGGGCUGUGCACAUUUCUGGAGGCCCAGCUGUGGCUGAUAGCGUGGCAUGGAAGCAUGGGUUCCACAACCUGGGCCAGAUCUUCGGUGACUAUUACCACUUCUGGCACAGAGCAGUGACAAAGCGGUCCCUGUCGCCUCACCGCCUGCGGCACAGCCGGCUACAGAGGGAGCCUCAAGUAAAGUGGCUGGAGCAGCAGGUAGCAAAGCGAAGAGCCAAGAGGGACGUGUAUCAGGAGCCCACAGACCCCAAGUUCCCCCAGCAGUGGUACCUGUCUGGUGUCACUCAGCGAGACCUGAAUGUGAAGGAAGCCUGGGCCCAGGGCUUCACAGGACAUGGCAUUGUGGUCUCCAUCCUGGAUGACGGCAUUGAGAAGAACCAUCCUGACUUGGCAGGCAAUUAUGAUCCUGGAGCCAGUUUUGAUGUCAAUGACCAGGACCCUGACCCACAGCCUCGGUAUACACAGAUGAAUGACAACAGGCACGGCACUCGGUGUGCCGGGGAAGUGGCAGCAGUGGCCAACAAUGGUGUCUGUGGUGUAGGUGUAGCUUACAACGCCCGAAUUGGAGGGGUGCGUAUGUUGGAUGGCGAGGUGACUGAUGCAGUAGAGGCACGUUCGCUGGGCCUGAAUCCCAACCACAUCCACAUCUACAGCGCCAGCUGGGGCCCGGAGGAUGACGGCAAGACUGUGGAUGGACCAGCCCGGCUCGCUGAGGAGGCCUUCUUUCGGGGAGUUAGCCAGGGCCGAGGAGGGCUGGGCUCCAUCUUUGUCUGGGCCUCAGGGAAUGGGGGCCGGGAACAUGACAGCUGCAACUGUGAUGGCUACACCAACAGCAUCUACACGCUGUCCAUCAGCAGCGCCACACAGUUCGGCAACGUGCCCUGGUACAGUGAGGCCUGCUCUUCCACUCUGGCCACAACCUACAGCAGUGGCAACCAGAAUGAGAAGCAGAUCGUGACAACUGACCUGAGGCAGAAGUGCACAGAAUCUCACACAGGCACCUCAGCUUCUGCCCCCUUGGCAGCUGGUAUCAUUGCUCUCACCCUGGAGGCCAAUAAGAACCUCACUUGGCGGGACAUGCAGCACCUGGUGGUACAGACCUCAAAGCCAGCCCAUCUCAAUGCUAAUGACUGGGCUACCAAUGGUGUGGGCCGGAAAGUGAGCCAUUCAUAUGGCUACGGGCUGUUGGAUGCAGGUGCCAUGGUGGCCCUGGCCCAGAACUGGACAACAGUGGCCCCCCAGCGGAAGUGCAUCAUUGAAAUCCUGAUGGAGCCCAAGGACAUUGGCAAACGGCUAGAGGUGCGCAAGACGGUGACAGCAUGCCUGGGUGAGCCCAGCCACAUCACCAGGCUGGAACACGUUCAGGCACGGCUUACCCUGUCUUACAAUCGCCGUGGUGACCUGGCUAUCCACCUCAUCAGCCCCAUGGGCACCCGCUCCACCCUGUUAGCUGCCAGACCACAUGACUACUCUGCUGAUGGGUUUAAUGACUGGGCUUUCAUGACAACUCAUUCCUGGGAUGAGGACCCCUCUGGCGAAUGGGUCCUAGAGAUUGAAAAUACCAGCGAGGCCAACAACUAUGGGACGCUGACCAAGUUCACUCUCGUUCUGUAUGGCACAGCCUCUGAGGGGCUCUCUACACCUCCAGAAAGCAGCGGCUGCAAGACCCUCACAUCCAGCCAGGCCUGCGUGGUGUGUGAGGAAGGUUUCUCACUGCACCAGAAAAGCUGUGUCCAGCACUGCCCACCAGGCUUCACACCACAAGUCCUUGAUACACACUACAGCACUGAGAAUGAUGUGGAGAUCAUCCGUGCCAGCGUCUGUACCCCCUGCCACGCCUCAUGUGCCACUUGCCAGGGCCCAGCUCCCACAGACUGCCUCAGCUGCCCCAGCCAUGCCUCCCUGGACCCUGUGGAGAAAACUUGCUCCCGGCAAAGCCAGAGCAGCCGAGAGUCUCGGCCUCAGCAGCAGCCUCCUGCGCUGCGCCCAGAGGUGGAGAUAGAGCCCCGGCUGCAGGCUGGGCUGGCCUCUCACCUGCCCGAGGUCCUGGCCGGCCUCAGCUGCCUUAUCAUCGUGCUCAUCUUUGGCAUCGUCUUCCUGUUCCUGCAUCGGUGUUCAGGCUUCAGCUUCCGGGGAGUGAAAGUGUACACCAUGGACCGUGGCCUCAUUUCCUACAAGGGGCUGCCUCCUGAAGCCUGGCAGGAGGAGUGCCCAUCUGACUCAGAAGAGGACGAGGGCCGGGGCGAGAGGACCGCCUUUAUCAAAGACCAGAGCGCCCUUUGAUGAGCCCACUGCCCACCCCAUCAAAUUGAUUCCUUCCUCGGGCACUUUUUAAUUCACCAAAGUAUUUUUUUAUCUUGGGACUGGGUUUGGACCCUAGCUGGUAGGUGAGAGGGGCAGGGACUGCUUCUUACCCCACCCUUGGGCCUACCUGUUUGCCUGAGGUGGGGUCCCAGGAGCCUCACCCUCUACAACCCCUCCAUGUGGAGGAAGGAGUAAAUCUUUAGGGCAGCUUCCCUGGCCCAGCUGGACUUCUACAGAGUGAAGAGGGGCAGCCUUUCUCUGAGUCCCUGACCAGGCUGCAGCCCUGCCCCUUCCCUGCCCCUCAGAAAGCAAUAAUGGUCCCCAUCCAGGCAACAGGGAGGCUGGCUAGGAGGUACUUGAAGAAGGCAGCCACCUCUCCAAGGGCUUUUGCAUCCCCUGACCCUCUCUGGCUCACGGAUGAGCCUCCGAAGAAGCUGCAGUCAUAGGAAGGGACCAAAGCAAAGCAGGCACUUUCCAGCGUGCCUGUACUUUCUUGCUCUCAGCCUGCCUCUGCACUCCAGGCCUCCACCUCAGCUGGUAGCCAGGCUGAGCUAGGCCAGCACAGGCCGAGCUAAAGCUCUGGGGGCCUUGUGCUGGUGUCCUGACCAUCCUCUAUGGCACCCUCUCCCCUUGCCAGGGCCCUGUUUUCUGAGCCCGGGGCUGCCUGGGCUGUUGGCAGUCACAGUCCAGGAGCCCCUGGGUGGGUGGUGGGGAGGGACGGUGGCCCAGCCGGCUCCUCCCGCCUCCUACCCAAUGCUGCUUUCCCCUGUGGGGAUCUCAGGAGCUGUUUGAGGAUAUAUUUUCACUUUGUGAUUAUUCACUUUAGAUGCUGAUUUUUUUUUCUUUUUUGUAUUUUUAAUGGGGGUAGCAGCUGGACCCUUCACCUUCUCAUGCCCAUGCCCAUCCUGCCCUUCCCAUGGCUGCCCAGCCCUGAGGUAUAGGGAAUAACUAAGCCCCAUGUCCUAAAGAGGCAGGCCAGCCAGGUGGGCUCUAGGAAAGGGGUCAUGGUGGGAGGGGUAGGCUGACAUCAUCUGUUUCAAAUGGGGUUGUGCCAAGGGCUUAUGGGUCACUGGCUCUCCAAGUGCCAGGGAUGGGCAGGUGGCACCACCAAGCCCUUUCUAACACUGUGCCCUGGUGGAGAAAGCAUUGGCCUAUGAUGCCCCCAAACCCCCUCUUCUGAUGUGCCUUUUGCACCCCUCCCAUUAGGACAAUCAGUUCCCUCCCACUUGGGCUCCCCCCCCCUUUUCUUUCCCCUAGCCCUUCUCAGUACCCAGCCUACCUGCCCAGGAGUGCCCCUUGCUCUCCUGCCCACCCCUUACGGCCAUCCAGGCUGGUUUUGUAAGAUGCUGGGUUGGUGCACAGUGAUUUUUUUUUCCUUGUAAUUUAAACAGGCCUGGCAUUGUUGGUUCUAUUUAAUGGACACAGAUAAUGUUAGAGGUUUUAAAGUGAUUAAAUGUGCAGACUAUGCAAACCAA